ACGACCCCAAACUCUCAACACUACAUUCAACUCGCUUUGACCGGGUCGACCUAGUUUUAACAACUCACAAUUAACCCAACCUGUCAAAUAGAAAAGCGGAUAAAAAUCGCUCUCGAUAUGAAAUGCGUCAACAAUAGGUAAGAGUUCCAUUGUCAUUUUGGUUCUACAUUUUUGAAUGGUGACGAUGGGAGGAAAACUAAAAUUGACGGUUCAACGUUUAUGGUGAUGAGUCGAUGUUGAAGGCUGGACCUAAACUUCAAUUGGAAGUCCGGCGAGGAGCGAGGAAGUGUCGAAUUGAGUUGGAGAUCCUUGAGGAAGAAAUCCCUAAUUUGCUCGAUGAAUUUUGUGAUGCUUUCGUGAAGAAGAAGGCUCAAAAUUUGAGAGCAAAGCUUUUUCAAGGGGGGAGGGGGGCUGAUAUGAUCCCAAAUUGCUUGCAUUACAAGCUUACAUGGAUUGAUCAAGAAGCAAGUUCAAUUGGGAAGAAGGAGGCCUACUUGGGAGGCUUGGUUCUUACAAUUGGCUCGAUGGAAAUUUAAGAAGAGAGUUUAGGAAUGAAUCCAAAAUGCUAUCUAGAAAGCUUAAAUCUACCUAGCAAUGGCUAAGUAUGGAACCGUGUUCGAGAAGCAUAUUUUGGAGCUUUAUUCAAGGAAGAUGAAGGAGAGUCGAUGCCAGAGAGUUAUGCCACAUGAAAGUACAUAUUUUACUACUACCUAAAGUAAUUGGCUAAUAGAUUGAAGAUCAUUUGAUUCAUGUAUGAGACGCCCAAAGAUGCUAGGCAGAACCGUUUGUUUCUUGUGUAGGAAGGCAGAAAUUCUUAUGGCACAAGGAUUCAUAUAGAAUUAGUUUCCAAGUUGUAUUAGGUUUAUUUUAAGGUUCUUUUACCCUAGUUUUGAGUUUGUUCUUUGCCUAUAAAAGGCUCAAGUCGUGUUUGUAAAAUUCAGAAUGGAAUAGAUCAAUUUUUCCCCUAAUUCUCAAGCUUGUGAGUUUGUGAGUUUGUUUGGGUUUGGUGCGUCCAAAACUUGCUGAACCCUAGCCUAUUGAUUGAGAGAUCCCACUCAGUUACCUUGAAGGAAGUCUUAUAAUGAUUGUCAUUGACAAUGAGUAUGGUGUCCCACGGCACGUGGUACUCUUCGACCACGCAGUCGUAGGUGGAGAUAACAAAAGUCAUUGUCGGGUGAAAAGUGAAACCCUAGUUCUUAGGUAUUUCUCAUUCACACUUUGAUAUCAAUAGGCAAAAGCAUGGCACUACAAGAGAUAUCAUGUGCAGGCUAGCAUUUGGAGACAUAACAAAGAUAAACAUGACAAACUCAAACUAAAGUCUAAGUGCGCAUAACAUUGACAUAAAACUAAACUUGAUGAUGAUAAUUUCCGCUAAACCUGUCAAUCCACUUUGAAAUUUGUGGUCGUCGGUUUGAGUUUUGACGAUUACUUGUAAUAUCUCCUGAUACCUAUGGUGUAUUUGGAUAAUUUAGUUUGGUUAAUUUGGAUAAUUGGUUUGGUUAAUUAUAAUUAUGUGUGGAUUUUUAUGUGUUAUUCAUUAUAUAAAUUGCAAAUUGAUGCACUAACGAGAAAUUUUUCUCACUUAAUGAUAAUGUGAAGGUAUAUUGGUUAGUUUGGUUAACCAAAUGACCAAACCGAUUAAACUCUAGUGUGGUUUAUUUGGUCGUUGUAUUAGUUUGGACUGUUUGGUUAUAUUCCAUGGCUAAUAGAAUUUAAUCUUAUUUGGUUUGGUAAUUACCAUGGUAACCAUUUGAAUAGUAUCAAUGAUACCCCCGCAAGCGGGUGUGCACAAAAUGUGCACACCAAGCUUGGAGAGUGAAUACAGUCUUGACUUGAGAAUGUUGUUGCACUGGGCUUGCUAACUUCCCUUCAAUCUUCAAUUGGUUAAGUUGUUGCAUCUUGCUUGCUGGCUUCCCAUACAUCUUCUAAACAACUGUUGCAUCUGUGGCUAGCCAGCUAUCAAAUCUUCUGGUGAUACCACUUCAUCUUGGCUAGUUGGCAUCCCAUCAUCAUCAUCAUCAUCAUCAUCAUCAUCAUGUUCUUAACCUUCUACUUCUUCUUCUUCUUCUUCAACUCCUCAACCUCCAACUUCAGCUUUGUAGCUUCAGUAUCUCCAGAUAAGUUAGGAUAUGUUGUUGCUUUUUCUUGGCUAGCUAGAACUCCUUCAAUCAAAAAUACCACUGCAUCUUUGCUAGUUGGCUUUACUUUCAUAUCUUCAGCUUUUCAGCUUUAGAUGUAUCUUCAAUUUGGUUGAGAUAUGCUGCUGCAUUUUUGUCUGGCUAGCAAUCCUUCCCAUAAAAGACCGAAUUCAUCAAGGGAGUGCUUGUUGGCUACUUCCCUCAACUGCUCCAAUUUGAUGAUGAUAUGCUGCGACUACUUGAGCUAGCUAGCAUUCAAAAGAAAAUGACUUGAAACUC